GGAAAUUCGGAAACAAAUACAUUUUGUCCUAUCUGACGCUACCAACUAAAGAGACUAACGCGAAACAUUUCAACGGAAUCUGCUACGGACAAGAUGAAUGAGGAGAACAUGAAGGAUGUGAAGCUGUUGGAGGCUCAGGUUCUUCAUCUUCAAGAUGAAGUUGCAGCUCUGCAGCAUCAGAAGGACGACAGCAGACACACGGCAUUUGACUUCAGUGGACGGAUGCAAAACACUCUGUGGUAUUUGUGCGGCCCAAUGGGAAGAGGAGGAGUUAGGGACAACAUGGUGUCCAGACUGAAGGAGGAGGUAGAGGAGAUGAUGAAGGAUCUGCAUCAACAGACGCAGAUGAACACCAUCAGUCUGAGCAGUUGUUCUGUAAACACUAUACAAAACAGUAGCAGUAGGCGUUUGCAGCAGCUCUGUGUGUCAGGUCAUUGCUUGGAACUUGAGUUCCAGGUGGAGUUCCAGCUUUCUGAGGCAAAGAAUGCCAGCAAAACUGGGAGGAUCAGUGACUUAAAUGUAAUGAUGGCCAUCAGUCUCCUGCAGAACUUCAGUUGUCUCUGGUCCAGGAUGGAGGAAAACAAUGAUCUCCUGCUGUUCUUCAGGACUCUCAGGACUUUCUCAGAGAGACAUAAUGACCGCCACAGAACUUUCCAACACUUUCAGGAAAAGUAUCCGUCUAUUGUUUCGCUUCCUCAAGGCUCCAGGUCAGAGGUCAUGAACUUACAUCACCCAAAGCUUCCUGGUUGCAUCUUCUUGGUCCAUUGGACAGUUGAAGUGGACAAAGAUGGCAGUGUCUCACCAACGAUCAAACUGCUGACAAAGAUUCCUGAAAGAGGUGAACCAUUUGUUUUUGGUGAUGAAGUACCUGAAGCAAAGAGCAAUAUCAUACAAGAGGACACCCUCAAAGAUGUCUUGACUGAGACGGGGGCAUGCCAGCGCUGCAGCUGUUCUCCAGUCUGCCUGUGGGUGGUGCUGUUGAGGCCUUUCACUGCCUUCUGAGGAUUGUAGGACCUGAAGCAGCUGUGGAAGCAGUCAUCCGAGCAAUCAAUGGUUCAUACAAGACAUAAGGAAGAUCCAGAAAUUUCAGUUUACAUGCAGCUUUAAAUCUCUUUAAAUUCAGUGAGGUCUGUUUUAAAAUAAACGCCUGGUCAGAAUAUGUCAUUUAGAACUGUAACUCACAGCUAUCCCCCUUAUUAUCUGUUCUGUUCAUCUGCUCAGUGUACAUUCCAUACAAAACAGCCAAAUACUGAAUAUCAAAUAAAUGUGUCCAUUUUAAGGUGAUGUUGUUUUCUAUAUGAUGUUCAAAUGUCUGAGUUCCA